GAUUGGGUAUCACGGUCACAUGAUGAGUUCCCUCGGCGCCAGUACGUUUCCCUAGGCGAGUCAUUGGCAGGCUGUGUAGUCCUGUCAGCCCCCGCGGAGCAUUGUGGGAGAAAGACUGGAAGACGGAUAAUGAUUAGUUUCUCCUGAGGUGGGGGCAGAUGAGCGGGGUAUGAGCUGUGGGUGCUGUUGGCGUAUCCGCGUUUGUGCCACGAGGCUGCCGCCAUAUCCGUUCUGCACCGACAGCUUUUCCCAUCCGGAGGGGGAGACUGAAUAUAGCGCAUCCUUCAGGCACUAAAGCCCUUCACUUCAGGAAUGGGUGACACAAGGAAGAAAGCUCUACAGUCCUACCUAGACCGAAUCCUAAAGUUCAUCGAGUUUAACGUCUCUGCCGAAGAUGAAUUUAUCCAGGUGGCCAGAAGCUUUGAGACUUCGAGGAAGAAAUUGCAGCAAACGGAGCAAGAGCUCCGGGAUAAACGCGAGACCUUAGUGAAAUGCGAGAUUGAGCGAUCCGCUCUCCAAGUGAAACUCAAACAUGCCCGCAACCAGGUCGACGUGGAGAUGAAGAAACGUCAGAGAGCUGAAACCAAACUGGAGAAAGCGGAACGGCAGAUACAGCUGAUUGGAGACUUGUUAAAAACUGACGGCCAGACGGCUGUGCCUCUCAGUGACUCGGUGCUGGCCUACUUUGGUGGGAGCCGAGUCAGUACUGCGCCACAAACAGCCGGGAAGAGCAGGUUGUCUGUGGUGGACGAAUCGUGCACCUCCUUCUUGUCUGACAUCAGUUAUGACCACACAGAGGAUGAUCUGGAUCUGGAUGAGUUGGGAGGAAAGCCAACCAAGUUGAAAGCCCGGGAAAGAAGGCGCUCAUCUCUGAUUGCACCUCUGCUGAAAAGGCCGCGUCCAAGUGAAGCUGCAGCCAUAGUCGCCGAGAAUGUGAGGGAGACCGUUAUAGCCAACACCGCCUUGCUGGUCUCAGACACAGGCCCCUUUUCCGCUGUGGAGGCUGCACCGCGCCGGAGGUCACGCAAAAGCCGCCCCCUUUCUUCUCUCCAAGAUCAGACUCCAGCGUUGCCCCAAAUUAAUGAAGAAGAAAAAGAGAUGGAGCCAGAGCCGCCACCAUACCCUACCCGGACUCAUGUGUACUUAUCAAGAACGAUGAUCCGAGCAGAACUCUGCAUGGUUUGUGGGCAGAAGGUCCGUUUUGGCAAGAUGUGUCUGAAGUGCAAGGAUUGCCGUAUUCUGAUCCACCCCGAGUGCAAGGAUUUCUGCCCCAAAGUGUGCUCCUCUGCCCUCCCGUCUCACAGCACAAACCCCAAAAACGGCCCGGGGGUUUUGGCUGAUUAUGCUCCUGCAGCACCUCCCAGAGUUCCCAGUCAGGUUGUUCAGUGCGUGAAUGAAAUUGAAAAAAGAGGCUUUAGUGAGCGGGGAAUCUACAGGAUCCCGGGCUGCGAUCGCUUAGUGAAGGAGCUGAAACAGAAGCUUUUGCAGGGGAAGAUCAAGGCUCAGCAUCUGGCCAAGGAGGACGUCCAUACUGUGUGUGGCGCUCUAAAGGAAUUCUUCCGCACCCUGCAGGAACCCCUACUCACCUAUUCGCUGCACGCCACUUUCCUGGAUGCUGCUGACAUUCUCGAUGAAUGUGACGGAAGAGCCGAGACGUGUCAGGCUGUGCAUGAUCUGCCUGCUCCUAACAGAGACACCCUCGCCUUCCUCAUCUUGCACCUCUACAGAGUGAUGCGGAGCCCAGAGUGUAAGAUGGACAAGACUAAUCUAUCUCGGAUCUUUGGGCCCACACUGGUUGGAUAUUCUGUGCCUAAUCCGAGCCCUCUGAUGAUCAUGCAGGACACCCCUAGGCAAGCCAAGGUGAUGUCAAUGCUGCUGUCUAUCCCCUGUGCAUUCUGGGAUCAGUUUCUCUUUACUAAUCAAGAAAACAAGGACGGUAACUCUGCAAAACUGGACCAAGAACGGCUCUUUCGUCCCGUGACUUCUCCGGAAAUAAACUCGGGGCUUCUGAAAGCCUCCCCUUACCUAACUCAAUCCUCCAGUAAGAGCGAUCUGCCCAAAAAAGCCGGGCGCUUCUUUACCUCACCAAAUGCCUAAGGGAGAGGCCACGCAAGACACGGAUAUUGCCAAAGGGAUAGAUAAUGAGGAUACGGAAGCUCAGGGGCAGGAGUGAAACUUCCAUUUGCUCUUAUGCAGUUGGUCUGAUUUGCUCCCCUUAAGAAAGACUACAUGUUCCACAGCAAUAAGCUGAUACCCACAGACAGAACCGCCUGAGAUAUGGAUGCCGGCGACUUGCACUUUUACGGAGUUCUGCACUCGUUUGUCUUCACUAACGGGGAAAUUAGCACUUCGAUUUAUCACUGGGUGCUGCACUUUAAAUAUUUAUAUUAAAAAAUGAUAAUGAGGCCGG